GUUCCCGGCGGCGAUUUUCCGACUCUGAGAUCCAUUUGAUGAAUAAAAUAAAGCAGACAUAAUCAUCUCUGGAGAGAUUAUUUAUAUCCUGGUGUUUGAAAUGAUUUAUAUUUAAAAUAGUAGUAAAAAUGGAAAAAGAGAAAGUAAAUGAUGAAAAACUAGACCCAGAGAACUCCUUGGACUUUUCUGAACACUUCAACCAACUUGAACUGUUGGAAACACAUGGACACCUUAUUCCCACUGGUACCCAAAGUCUCUGGAUAGGGAAUUCUGAUGACGAUGAAGAGCAAGAUGAAAAAACUGAAGAGUGGUAUCAACUGCAAGAAAAAAAAAUGGAAAAAGAUCCAAGCAAAUUGCUUCUUUGGGCUGCUGAAAAAAAUCGGCUGACCACAGUGCAGAGACUGCUUUCAGAAAGGGCUACCCAUGUGAACACUCGAGAUGAAGACAAGUACACACCGCUCCACCGAGCAGCCUACAAUGGGCACUUAGACGUGGUCCGGGAGCUGAUUGCACACGGGGCGGAUGUCCAUGCAGUGACAGUGGAUGGCUGGACACCCCUGCACAGUGCCUGUAAGUGGAAUAAUGCCAGAGUGGCUUCUUUCUUACUGCAGCAUGAUGCAGAUAUCAAUGCCCAAACAAAAGGCCUCCUGACCCCCCUACACCUUGCUGCUGGGAACAGAGACAGCAAAGACACCCUGGAGCUCCUCCUGAUGAAUCGCUACAUCAAGCCAGGUCUGAAGAACAGCCUGGAGGAAACAGCAUUUGACAUCGCCAGGAGGACUGGUAUCUAUCACUACCUCUUUGAAAUUGUGGAAGGUUGCACAAAUUGUUCACCUCAGUCUUAAUAACGGUUCUAAUAAUUUUCUUAAGUUUCUAAGUCCGAGUGCCUGCUUUGUGUGAGAUGUGAAAUAUCCCCAUUGUACAAAGUUGACAUCAAAAGUCUUAGGACAGUAAUUCAGUGGUACUCACGAUACUAUCCCUCCAAGUGAAUUGCCCAACCUUGAUGUCAAAAUGUAUUUGAAAGUUGUUUGGAUUUAUCUUUAAUGAUUUCCAUGGCGUUUGUGAUUUUUACCAAAUCAUUUUAACUUGUCUAUAUUGAAAAACUUGUCAGAGGUUGUGCAGAAAACUAACGAUAUUUUUGGUGCUGAUCCAAGAGAAAUGUAUUUUUACAUUUACAAUAUCCCCCAUCCUAGAGCUUUGUGGAGUAUUUAGUAUAUCAACAUGUAUUUUUAUAAGGUCAAGUAACUCAGAAUUUUAUUUAAAAAUCUUAAAUAUACCGGUGCAGUUCAGCUGUCUUCUCUGCAUCACCAUAGCCAUUUACUUUCACUGUAAACCGUAAGAAUGAACAUAUUAGUGACUUGAAUCUUCAUAAGUUUAAAAAAAAUUGAGAAACCUAGGUCUUUGUUUUUUAUUAAUAGAACCAUAAAUGUUUAAUCUACACAUAUUAUAUACUGCCUCUCCUUCCACAAUCCACACAAUCCUGUGGACCCUCCUACCUCACCCACCCUGGUCAACCUACAUAAUCCUUAUUCUCCUGGUGAGUCAGCACGACCCUUAAGACAUGCGCACCACUAUACCUUGGUCCAGGUGAUCAUAGCCUAUUUGCCAUCCAGCUAGUUUUACCUGUCCGGUCCUGCUGAGCCGGGACCUGCUCACCUCAUCUCCCAGGGUCACAGGAAGGGUUCUUUUCCAGGAUCCUCAUUUUAUAGAAGCCACACAAAGUCAAAGUGACAAGGGAAAAGGAAUUCUAAGAUGAUUAUACUGGGGCAAGUGCGACAAAGUGGCUCAGGCAUUUUUUAAAAGCCACGUUGUAGAUAACAACAAAAGCGUAAGUAUACA